AUGAAUCACACAUGUGGUUCCCCCGACGACUUGAACUUUGGUCCGGCUAUCAACUCUUGCCACAGGGGCUUCGACUUUACCCUCUUCUUUGAGGAUACAGUCCUGUCGCUGGUCCCUUCUGUCGUCUUUAUCCCAGUCGCAUGCGUCCUGAUUGCCCUGAUCGCCAACAAGAAGCCCGUUGCUCUCCGUACGAAAUGGUACGGCAUCACGAUUGCUGCCCACACAGCGUUGAUCGCCACGUACUGCAUCGUGCUAGCUGCUGUUGCUCGCAAUCCUGUCGCCACGCCUGCCGGGGCUUCUGCUGCGGCCCUGGCGCUAAUAUCGAGCAUGCUACUGGUGGUUCUGGCCUCCUUGGAGCAGACCCGAGCCCUCGCCCCGUCCACGCCACUCAUCCUCUUCGUUGCCUGUACGGCGCUUCUAGACAUUGCGAGAGUGCGCACUCUAUUUCUCAAGGGACAGGUCCUUCCCGCAGCUACGCUCUCUGCCGGUGUUGCUCUGAGGCUGCUGCUGCUCGUGCUCGAAAGCCGCAGCAAGAAGAACGACCUCGCGGCGACAUCGUCUGCAGAGGCGAGCCCCGAGAAGCUCGCGGGCCCUCUCAGCCGAACCGUCUUUCACUGGGUCAAUCCGCUACUCAUGCUUGGAUUCCGAGGGUCGCUUAGAGGACGAAGCUUGGGCCCGAUUGAUGCCAAGUUGAAUGCCGCGUACCUGACGGAAAUAUUUACCCCUAUUCCACAAAGAGUCCAAGGCACGUUGCAACAAUUCUCAAAACAGCAGCGGCCGUUACUAAUACACAAUUUCCAGCUGGACUUAGACGACCACGACGCUGCGAAUCAGGGAUAUGGGUUAAUUGCCGCCACCUUUUUGGUAUACUCUGGCAUCGCCGCUUCUUACAGCUGGUACUGGCACCAAGUCAACCGCUCCGUCACGAUGAUUCGCGGCGGUCUUGUUAUUGUCCUCUUUGAUAAGCUGCUGCGCCUUGCUGAGAGCCCGGCCACGGAGGCGCAGGUCGUAACGCUCAUGUUCAGCGACACCCAGCGUGUCAUGACGGCUAUGAACUACUUUCACGAGCUGUGGGCUGGCGUGCUCGACACGGCCAUCGCGACAUGGCUGCUAUACCGGAAGACGGGCGUGGCGAGCUUUGCCAUGCUGGCAGUGACGAUAGUGUCGUCGGUUGCUUGCGGAAGCCUGUCCAAGAAGCUCAGUAGCCUGCAGCAGCAGUGGCUCGCGGCCGUGGAGCAGAGGCUGGCGCUGACGAAGCGUAUGCUGACCUCUCUCAAGGCCGUUAAGAUGCUAUCGGCGAGCGACCGUGUCGCGAGUACCAUCUCCACGCUGCGCCGGGCCGAGCUUGCAAUUUCUUGGCCCUUUCGCCGGCUACGCAUCUUUACUACUGCCAUCUCAUACAGUACUGUCACCCUAUCGCCGCCCCUCGUUUUCGGCGUGUGCAUCGCUAUUGCCGGCGGCAACCACGGUCUAGAUGUCUCGAGGCUUUUCACAUCGCUUUCCCUUAUUAACCUGCUCGCGACGCCUGUGAUGCACCUCUGUCAGGCCAUUCCCGUGCUCGGCGCGGCGCACGGCUGCAUGGCGCGCAUCCAGGCUUUUCUGGAGCUUGAGGAGCAGAGCGACAAAAGGACCAGACUGCCCCCCGCGAGAGGUCUACCAGACGCUGCCGCCACCGCCGACCAGGUCAUAUUAUCGCUAAGAAACGCGUCGCUCGGCUGGCUCACGGGAAAGCCCAUCCUGUACGGCAUCAACCUCGACGUGAAGCGCGGCCUGCACAUCGCCAUACUCGGGCGCGUUGGCUCUGGCAAGUCCCUCUUGCUUAAAGGCCUGCUAGGUGAGGCGGCCGAAAUGUCGGGUGAGGUGGCCGUCGGCGAGCACGUGUCGUUUGCCUACUGCAGCCAGACGCCCUGGCUGGAGAAUGCCUCGGCUGAGGAGAACUGGACGGGUCGUAGCAGCGCGUCAAAGAGCCCUGCCUUUCUAGAUCAGAUGGUGCAAAAGUACGCCCUCAAGGACAUUCAAGGCCUGCGCGACUACAAGACAGGCACUAUCGGCAGCCAAGGCGCUAUCGCACGAGCAGCCUCUCUCGGGAGAGACAUUCUACUUCUAGACGACGUGUUUAGUGCCCUGGACCGCCGUACGAAGCUGCACGUUGCAGAGAGCGUGUUACGCAAGUGCGACUCUCCAGACCAGAGUACCGUCAUCUUUACCACCCACGACGAAUAUAUUGCCAACAUGGCGGACGAGGUGUACGAGAUUGACGCAACAGGCACAUUGAUUCAACGCCCCAAGACAGACGUGCCGCCAGCUGAAGCCUCACCGACCAACAGCGGCUCGUCUGACGAGGCACCAAAGGAAGAAGCCUCCACAUCGGACGAUAUUCAAGGCUCUUCCUCCUCUAGCUCUACUCCUACACCGGCAACAGACCCCGCAGUCAAGGACAUGGAUGUCUACAAGAUGUACCUGCGCUCUAUGGGGCUAGGCAACGCCAUCGUGUUUCUGCUCCUGGGUAGUCUGUUUGCGGUGGCGCUCAAGUUUCCCGAUAUUUGGAUUCAGUGGUGGUCAGAUGACACUUCUGCGAGCAGUAGUAGACACUCGACUGGCUACUGGAUCGGCGUGUAUGCUGGCCUACAGUGCAUUCCUCUCGUCUUGCUCACACUUUGGCUGCGGUACGCUGUUCUUAACAAAACUCCCAAGUCUAUAGAAGAAGACCUUAUCGCUAAUGUUUUCAGCAGGCACGUGUUUUACACUAUUGUCCCCGCUGUUGGCAUCUCUAUCCACGACGACCUCCUCAAGACUAUCCUUCACGCGCCAUUUUCCUACAUCAGCGCUGUUGACACUGGAAGCCUUCUGAACCGCUUUAACCAGGAUCUUAUGUUGAUUGACUCUCUCUUACCCUUUGACCUUUUUAACACUGUCUCGGAGCUUUAUGUUGCUGUUAUCCAGGUCGUCCUUAUUGCCGUCGCCAGCGCGCAGGCUUUGGUCACCUUGCCUGCUAUCGCAGGCGUGCUGUAUAUGGUGCAAAGCUUUUACCUCCGCACCUCUAAACAGCUCCGUAUCCUUGAGUUAGAGGCCAAGGCUAUCCUGCACAGCCUUGUUGCCGAUGUGGCGGCCGGCGCCGGCCCGUCAACGCUUCGCGCACAUGGCUGGCAGCCACACCUACGCCGCAGCUUUAUGCAGAAUCUCGACGUCUCGCAGGAGCCCAUCUAUCUCUUAUUCUGCGUGCAGCGCUGGCUACAGCUCGUGCUUAACCUUGUGGUUAUGGGUCUUGUUGUGCUAGUUGCUGGUAUCGCCGUCGCGCUGCGAGGCAAGGUUAGCAUUGGCGCUGUUGGCGUUGCCUUUCUGAACGCCACUACCCUAGGCGAGACGUUGACGCAGCUCGUCCUCGCGUACACCUCACUGGAAACAUCGUUGGGUGCUAUUGCGAGGACAGCCAUUUUCAGCGCGGCCACGCCGAGCGAGGACAACAGCGAGGACAACGGCGAUAGGGCCGGGGGAGAACCCUCGUCGUGGUGGCCCACGGACGGGAGCGUGCGGCUGCACAAUCUCUGGGCCAGAUACCAGUCUCAGCAGCCUGCUUCCUCAUCCUCUUCUUCUUCUUCUUCCCCUCCAGACGCAGCAUGGAGCCUGCGCGGCGUCAGCGUCGACAUCGCGGCCGGGCAGAAGGUUAGCGUGUGCGGGCGCACAGGUUCCGGCAAGUCGACUUUGCUCCUCGCGCUGCUUCGCAUGGUCGAGCUGCCGCGCGGGUCCGUCUCCAUCGGCGGGCGGGACCACGCGCAGCUGCCGCUCGGGGCUCUGCGACGCGGGCUCCUCGUGGUGUCGCAGGACACGCUGGACGAGUCGAUGACGGCCAUGCUGCGCGAGCAGAUGGACCCGGAAGCACGAUUCACGGACGAGCAGGUGCGCGGCGUCGCGGCGGAAUGCGGCCUCGAGACGCUCAUCGAGGAAAGCGGCGGGCUGCAUGCUCGUGGCGGCGCGGGAGGCCGGCAACUGUCGCAUGGCGAGGCACAGUUUGUCGCCCUGGCAAAGGUGCUGCUCUACGGGUCGGCCAGGGAAGGCGGCAUACUGCUCCUUGACGAGGCCACGAGCAGUCUUGACGAUGAAGCGCAGCGCAAGAUGGAGACGCUGAUAGAAGACAAGUUUCGCGACAAGACGGUCAUUUCCGUCUGCCAUAGGCUCUCUUGGGCGCUCCGGUCGGACCGCAUCAUUGUGCUGGAAAAGGGAGAAAUCAUACACGACGGGACGCCGCGGGAUAUUGUCAGGGAGUCGGCCUUGUUUGCGGGCAUGUCCGUGUCGGAUUCUGAGUAG